CCACGGUAACACUAAUAACGUUUGCUUGUUGGAGAAAGGCUUUCCCUGUUUUCCAAGACAGUUUUGCGACGCCUAGCACGCUCUGGCUGUGCCCACCACCCCCACACCUGGAGCAACGCAUGUCAGAUACAGUAAAACCCAGCAAGCUGUCGCUGUCACUAUUCAAAUCGACACUCGGCUCAAAAUCUGUCUACUAACCGGAGGCGCCUCUACAACUCUCUACUGCGUCCAAAACAAUAACAACAAAACAAAAACAAACAAAAAAACUGAAACUGCGAAAAGUGUCGAUUACGGAUCAAUAAACAAUUAUCACGGAAAGGCAACGAGAUGGUGCAAAAGUUUCAGUCCCCCGUUCGGGUCUACAAAUAUCCAUUCGAGUUGGUGAUGAAGGCUUAUGAGCGCCGGUUUCCCACUUGUCCACAAAUGCCAAUUGUGCUCGACUGCCAGAUCAUCAAGGAUGAGACGCUGGAGAACGGGGCCAAGCGGAACACGAGUCGGCGCUGCAAGUUGGCGGUGGAAGCUCCGUAUAUUUUCAAGAAGCUAAUCGGCGUGGACUUUGUGUUCUUCGUGCAACACAACUAUCUGGACAUGAACAGCCGUACAUUGUGUAUCGAGGCCGUGAACGAGAGCUUCUCGUCCCGCAUCGAGAUCUUCGAACGAUGCCGAUACUAUGCUCAUCCGGACAACGCAGAAUGGACAUGCUUCGACCAGACAGCCACGCUAGACAUUAAGAACUUCUUCGGCUUCGAGCACUCCAUGGAGAAAAUGGGAAUGAAGCAGUAUACCCAGACCACGCUCAAGGGCAAGGAAAUCAUCGAGUUCUUCAUUAGCCAGCUGCGCGAAGAGGGAAUCACACACGUGGAUCGUUGGACGCCACCGCCCGAUGCUCCUAAGUCGCCGAUAUUGGAACCUGCUGCCGAACAGCAUCACGAUAUUCUUCUUGAUGGUGACUUUAUUGCCCGGAGCCUGGGCCAACUAUCGCCCAUGCAGGAGUCCAAGCUGCUGGAGCUGCGAAAAAUGCUGGAUGGUGUCGAUGACCUGGAGCGUGUGCCCAGUUAUCAGACCAUACUGCGUUUCUUGGCAGCUAGAGACUGGCACGUCAGCCAGGCCUUUUCUAUGCUGUGUGACUCGCUUCGCUGGCGACGCGAACAUCGCAUUGAUUCCCUUCUGGAGGAGUACUCUAAGCCGGCUGUGGUGGUGGAGCACUUUCCGGGCGGCUGGCAUCACCAGGACAAGGACGGUCGCCCAGUCUACAUACUUCGACUGGGUCACAUGGAUGUCAAGGGUCUUCUGAAGUCCCUGGGCAUGGAGGGUCUGCUGCGAUUGGCUCUACACAUCUGCGAAGAGGGCAUUCAGAAGAUCAACGAGUCUGCCGAACGUCUGGAGAAGCCCAUACUCAACUGGUCCCUGCUCGUGGACCUGGAGGGGCUUUCCAUGCGACACCUUUGGCGACCUGGAAUCAAGGCCCUGCUCUAUAUCAUUGAAACGGUGGAGCGUAAUUAUCCCGAAACCAUGGGCCGUGUUCUGGUGGUGCGAGCGCCCAGAGUGUUCCCCAUUGCCUGGACAAUUGUCAGCGCUUUCAUAGACGAGCAUACACGGUCCAAAUUCCUGUUCUACGGCCCGGACUGCGCUCACAUGAAAGAAGGUCUCUCGCAGUAUCUGGAUGAGGAGAUAGUUCCAGACUUUCUAGGUGGACCCUGCAAGACUAUGAUACAUGAGGGAGGACUGGUGCCGAAAACACUCUACAAGAUGAGCUCCCUGGAAGAUCACGAUGACGAAACGAACGCCGAUGGACCUGCCCAGUCCUCUGAUGAAGCAUCUAUUCCAUCGAAGCGACUAUCAGCAGUUCACCAGCACGAACACCGCAACCUGUACAAGACCAUAGAGCUGAAGGCUGGCUUCACCCACGAGUUGCUCAUCAGGAACGACGACCCAAAGAGUGUUCUUACUUGGGACUUCGAUGUGUUGCGGAACGACUUGCACUUUACCCUUUACCGGGUGACCCAAGAACUACCAGAAAAGAGUGAUGCCGCCGUCUCCUACUUUGAUCUGACGGAGUUCGUCGAGGGCGUGAACUACUUCCGAGAGGAGCCGACACUCAUUUGCCGGCACAAGGAGAGCGUGCAGGGCUCGCACGUGAUGCACCACAACGAUAGCUAUUUGAUGCAUUGGUUCAGCCCCUCGGGAGCGCAGCUGAACUUCUUCUACGAGGUCCUCAGCUCCGUGAACUACAGAGGCUCGAUGACCAGCCUGCAGUCGGCCUUCUCCUCAAACUCGUCGGCGGCGAGCUCAAUACACAGUUGAUUAUAUGAAAGCAAACAGGAGGGCGCCACCUGCACCAACAGCAGGACAGACUCCUGGACAGCAAAGGAUAGAGAACCGAUAGAGGCAAUGGAAUCGAGCCUGCUGACCGGCACGCUCAUGGAGAAGAGUCUCAACCUGUUUGACACUCCGGAUAUAUUCUUCUAAGAUCGAAAGUGGCAAUAUCGCUUAACUUAGUUGGUUUAGAUUUAUUUAGUAUUAAAAUAGUUUGGUUUACAUUUUAUUGGCACAACAAUACCUAUCAUUUAACUUAUAUAUUUCGAGCAGUACAUUAUAUGUAUGCCAUACACGUAUGAAACUUGAGCAAAUGCGAUCUUCAGUAAUCGGUUGUAUCUAAUAGACAAAUCACGCAAUUUUUACAUUCAUUUCGAGCCGUCAAUUAGUCCAUUUUAGCAAGUAUAUCAACAGAGCUUAUAAACAUAUGACGUAAAUGUUUUUUAUAGCCAAACAAUGCUUCUGCUCUUGUAAUAACACAAAAAAAAAGGAAGAAAUUGGUACGAAAACGAUCGAUAUACGAAUAUUUAGUAAUGACUACGUGUUACCUAAUUAGUUUAAUUAUUGAAAGCAAAAAAUACAUUUUAAAUGACUUUGAAACUAUCCUACUACUAUAGCGAUCAAAUUUUAUUUAGUUAGAUAUCAGAUGCAUGUAAGUUGUAGAACUAAGAAGCAUCGAUGAGUGUUGUGAUCCCGGAAUAAUUAAUGUUCUAAAAAGAUUGAAAUUAAAUAGAGAAUAAAGUAAGCAUUUUUUUUUUUUUUUUAAGAUUAAUGGUUAUGUGGUAUAUGUUUUCUUUAAAAUUCAAUUCCCACAACACCAUCGAUGUUCUCUAAUACGUACUGUAGUAAUGUGAAAUUUGAUUUAAGUUCAUAUCUAUACGUAAAAUUAAUAAAAUGGACAUUUCCAGAGAGAAGUCUACCAAAAUAAACAUUAAAAACAAAA